UGUGUGUUUCUUUACAGUAUGCGGCCGAAAAAAUCUGAUACAGUCACUGAAAGUACAAAUGGGGACAAAAUUCAAAAGCUUGACCAGCAGGAAAAUGGCCUGAAUACCUGUGGGGAAGAUAAUGUCACAGAAGAGCCUUUAAAUGAGACGGGUAACCUUGGGAGGGAAAAUGAAGAAGAGCCAAGUGUUGAUGCUGUGAAUGGAUUAUGUGAUGAUAAAAAGAAGAAGAAGAAAAAGAAAAAGGACAAGGACAAGCAAGGGGAACAGGAACUUGUAUUGCCUACCAGUGACUCCAGUGGUUACCAAAGUGACCAUAAAAAGUCAAAGAAAAAGAAAAGAAAGCAUUGUGAUGAAGUUGAAGAAAGUGAAUUAUCUCAGCUGUCAGAAAAACCCAAAGCGAAAAAGAAAAGGACUAAGGGAAGGAAAACAUCUCCAGGGUCAAGCCUCACCAGUUGACAGAAGCAGUUUGUAGCACCAAAAGUUUGUUUUGCUCUGUUCUGCCUUUUCAUCAGCAUGCAAAGGGAGAAGACUUUCAGGGGGAAGUAG